CGUCGUCAACGAGCAACAUGUACUAAUAUGCGGUUAGUCCCUACUAGAACCCGGAAAAAGCUGUUCAAUACUUUCUAGCUAGAAAGCCAGAGUGAAGAGAAUCAAUCAAUCAAUCAAUGGGUUUCUCCAAGGACAACCUCGAUCUUGUCUUGUCCCCGGUAGGGCUCAUCGUCAUGUUUGCCUAUCAGCUCUACUGUCUCUACAAAUACCACCGUUUCCCUAAAACGACAGUCCUGGGCAUGGAGAAUGAGGGUAAGAAAGCUUGGGUUGAGAGCAUCUUGCAGUUACAACUUAGCCAAAGAGCGACUGGAUCAACGGUCAUCGCAUCUAAUAUCACGGCAGCAACUUUCCUGUCCUCAGUCUGCCUAACCCUCUGCUCUCUGCUCGGAGCAUGGCUGUCAAACUCUUCCGGAAACCCAUUUCGGGGGAUCUGGAUCUACGGAAACAUGAGCACCUCGGCCACAGAGAUCAAGCUUCUCUGCCUCCUCACCUGUUUCCUGCUGGCUUUCUCGUGCUUCCUUGAAUCUAUGAGGCAGUUCGUGCUCGCGAGCUUUCUACUGACUACAUCUGACAGUUGUCAGGACGCGAUCGACUAUGCCAAGGCUGUGGUGGUCCGAGGAGGGGAGUACUGGUUUGUUGGACACAGGACACUCUACUUUGCCGUCAAUUUGUUGCUAUGGUUCUUUGGUCCCAUUCCUAUGUUUGCUGGGUCGAUAAUCUUGGUCAUGGUCCUCUAUUUCCAUGACACCUAUUGUGUCCGUCGACAGAGGUGUCCGCAUGAAAAGAUUGGUCCGAAUACUAACACCGGUGUCUCGGGAUAAUGAAAGAUCGAACCCAGGUUUGCCGUUUUCUUUUGAUUGAAGAAGUGAAUUUCCUCCCGUUAUGAAGUCCAAAGUGUAAAUUAAGGAGCCACGAAGAUCAGGGAACCAACUUCAAUCAUAUUGCAUAUUCAACACGGUAUAUUUGGAAGUAUGGCUAAAAUAAGGAACCAGUGAUUCUUAAGGGUA